AAAAGUCCCUAUUACCAAAACAAACAAAUUUGGGUACGCGGUACGCGCUAAGGAGGAGACUCGUUGAAUCGUUGUGAUAAGGCCACGUGUUAAUAACCUAGAAUAUUUAUAACAAUUGAUAGCAAAGUUCGCGGUCUUUCAUUUAUUUUCAGUCUAGCGGGUGCGUAAAACAUGACCGAAUCUAACCUAAUGUUGAAGGAUAUCGCGAUAAGGCUUUUUAAGGCCAAUGCCAUCAAAUUUGGGAAUAUCACCACCGGUAGUGGGGCGGUUACACCAGUUUAUUUUGAUCUUAGAGUGAUUGUAAGCUAUCCAAGUUUAAUGAAAGAUUUAUCUAUUCUUCUCAGCCAGCGCGUCCAGGAACUAAUAAAAGUAAACGAAGCAGCACACCCAGAACCCACCAGAACUAUAGUAUGCGGAGUACCAUAUACAGCAGUACCUAUUACAUCACUGGUAUCGGUUAAUGCAGAUAUACCGAUGAUAAUGAAAAGGAAACAAGCGAAAGAUUAUGGAACAAAAAAUUUGAUCGAAGGAGUUUGGAGUAAAGGUGACACUUGUAUUUUAGUUGAUGACGUUAUUAUGUUUGGAGAUAGCAUUUUGGAGAUUGCUACAGAACUCACCAAUUCAGGCUUGAACUGUUCCCAAGUUGUAGUAAUAUGCGACAGAGAGCAAGGGGCCAUAGAAAAAGUAGCUAGAAGAGGAAUAAAAGUGUACGCCUUGCUCACGCUGUCUGAAAUAAUGAAGUACCUAUUGGAAAGUAACUAUGUAACAAAUCAAGACUGUGAUAUGGUUCAAAAUUAUUUAGCUAAUAAUCAAGUAUCUGACCAGUUAAUUAAUGGCCAAUAAAGUUUUAUAUUGUGUUCUGAAAAA